AUGCCUCCUAGUACUGCUUUACUGCUGGGUCUGGUCGACUGCAGGAAAACACCGGGGCAGAGUGGAACUGAGAGAGGAGAAGAUAAGGAAGAUCGAGAUUUCAUUUCAUUAAGGGACAGCCCUAACUGUUGCUCUCUCAGUGAGAGGGGCUUAUCAUCUGCGGAGCCUCGACAACAUCAUGAUCCUGACAAGAAAGAGAAGAGUCUCUCCAGAUCAGAACACCUCAAGAAACACCAGCAGGGACAUACAGGGAAGAAACCACAGCACUGCUGCUUUGACUGUGGGAAGAGUUUGGCUAAACAGAGGGAAUUGGUCAUUUACAAGCGGAUUCACACUGGGAGAAAAACAUACCACUGCUCUCAGUGUGGGAAGAGUUUUGCAGCAUCUAAAACCUUACAAUCUCAGAGAAUUCAUACAGGGGAGAGGCCUUACCCCUGCUUUGAUUGUGGGAAGAGCUUCAGUCAAUCAGGAACCCUGAAUACACACAUACGCAUACACACAGGAGAGAAGCCUUAUAGCUGUGAUCAGUGUGGGAAGAGCUUUGCUCUAUCCGGAAACCUGAGUACGCACCAGCGUGUACACACAGGAGAGAAGCCUUAUAGCUGUCAUCAGUGUGGGAAAAGCUUCAAUCAUUCAGGAGCCCUGACUAGACACCAGCGUGUACACACAGUGGAGGAAAAACCUUACUCCUGUGUAUGUGGAAAGAGCUUUGCUCAUUCAGGGUCACUGAAACAACACCAGAAAGCAUCUCCCUCCGGCACCGGUUACAGAUCUCUGAAGACAGUUUCAAUAGAAAACAUCUUGUAAUGAGUCAUCCAUCUCCCAUUCUCUAACAGUUUACUAAGUCUGAAUACCAUGGUAACCCGUGUAGGAUAAUAUGCAGCUCUGGAUCCAUAUGUAUCAAGCAUCUUGGAGUAGGAGUGCUGUGUGUGUGUGUGUGUGUGGUGUGCAGACUUGUUUACGUGCUGCUGUGCGUUUACGUGCUGC